UUUUUGGGUCACCUCUCGACCGCCAAAACUCCUCCUCUCUUUCCCUCUUCAGCCUCUUCUUCGUUCGCAGACGAGAAGAGAAGAGAGAGCACCAAACCCAAAACCCUGAGGUAAGUAAAGUCGUGUGGUUUCUCUGUCGUAGAAGUUGUCACGUUACAAGUGAGGGGCCAAGAAGCAUGGCGCCGCUUGCCUCACUAGAGCUCUUGCCUCAGGCCCUCCCCUUCGCCUCACAGCCAAAACCCACUUCACAUUCGCACCGAGUUCGCACCUUUGUUAGGUGUAGAAACACCCAUCAUCCCAACGAAGCUAAAACCUCCCUAAACCCACCCAAGAUCGGUGCUUUUGCUGAGACCAGGCCGACCCAUGUCCAGUCCCCUGAUUCCAGGGACUCCCAUUUGAUCAAGCUCCUCGGUAGGUCCUGCAAAGCAGGCAAGUACAGCGAGUCCCUCUACUUCCUCGAGCGCAUGGUAAAUAGAGGGUAUAAGCCUGAUGUCAUUCUCUGCACAAAGCUCAUUAAAGGGUUGUUCGGGUUGAGGAACUUCGAGAAGGCGGUCCGGGUCAUGGAGAUUCUGGAGAAGUAUGGGGAGCCGGACGUGUUCUCGUAUAAUGCGGUCAUUAGUGGCUUUUGCAAGGCGAAUCGGAUCGAAUCCGCCAAUAGGGUUCUUCAGAGGAUGAGGAGCCGGGGGUUCUCGCCGGAUGUCGUCACGUAUAAUAUUAUGAUUGGGAGUCUUUGUGGUAGGGGGAAGCUCGAUUUGGCUCUCAAGGUGUUGGAUCAGUUAUUGAAGGACAAUUGCCUGCCGACUGUGAUUACGUUCACUAUAUUGAUAGAGGCGACUAUUAUGGAGGGCGGGCUUGAUGAAGCUCUGAAACUUUUGCAUGAGAUGUUAUCGAGAGGGCUCCGACCAGACAUGUACACCUAUAAUGCGAUAAUUAGGGGAUUGUGCAGAGAAGGGCUGGUGGAUCGAGCUCUUGAGUUUAUUAAAAGCUCAAAUUCUCGGGGUUGCAAACCCGACGUUAUAUCUUAUAAUAUCCUCCUGAGGGCACUUUUGAAUCAAGGGAAAUGGGAUGAUGGUGAGAAAUUGGUGGAAGAGAUGAUGGCGGAAGGUUGUGAACCGAAUGUUGUAACCUACAGCAUUUUCAUUAGCUCUCUGUGCCGUGAUGGGAAAAUUGAGGAUGCGAUGAGUGUCUUAAAGGUUAUGAUUGAGAAUGGGUUGACUCCAGAUGCUUAUAGUUAUGAUCCACUGAUCACUGCAUUUUGCAAAGAUGGAAAAUUAGACAAGGCGAUAAAAUUUCUAGAUCAGAUGAUAUCUAACGGAUGCUUGCCAGAUAUUGUAAACUACAAUACAAUCCUUGCCACUCUUUGCAAGAAUGGAAAGCGUGAUCAGGCUUUGGAGAUCUUCGCAAAGUUAGAUGAAGUCGAUUGUUCUCCAAAUGUUAGUUCUUAUAACACAAUGUUUAGCGCGCUUUGGAGCUCUGGAGAUAGAUAUAGGGCUCUGGAGAUGAUAUCAGAAAUGGUAAGCAAGGGGAUUGACCCCGACUAUAUCACCUAUAAUUCGCUCUUAUCUUGUUUGUGUAGAGAUGGUAUGGUGAAGGAGGCUCUAAGUUUGUUGGUAGACAUGGAAAGGAGUGGGUUCAAUCCAACGGUGAUCAGUUAUAACAUCGUUCUACUUGGGUUGAGCAAAGUGCAUAGGAUAGAUGAUGCGAUUGAAUUGCUGGCUGUCAUGGUCGAAAAAGGAAUCCGACCGAACGAAACCACUUUUAUAUUGUUGAUUGAAGGGAUCAGUUUUGCAGGAUGGAGAGCUGAGGCAAUGGAAUUGGCCAAUUCUCUCACCGCCAUUGACGCUAUAUCUAAAGAUUCAUUUAAGCGUUUGAAAAGAACCUUUCCCAUGCUUGGUGCUUACAAAGAGCUUAGUUACAUGGAAACUAAGUAGUAACAUGAGAUCUAGGAGCAAUUGUCCCAUUUUUAAACUGGUAGAAUCCCCUGGAUUAGGGUUCAGUUUUGUCUGGAGGACUUCAUGCUGUUCUGCGGCACAACCUUGUCAGAAAGUCAGGUCUGUAGACACACAUUGAUACAGUUUAAGGCAAAAAUUUUGUCAGAAGGCGCGAGUCAUGACUAUAAAAGAUGGUAUCUGCUGUGAUAGGAGAAGUGGUUGGCAGUUCAACAUGUGAACCACUGUAUGCUCGAUGAAAAAUGAAACCUCAUGCUGUUGCAGAUAAACCUGAGUUUUUCAUUCAGCGGUACAGGCAAUUCACAACAAAUUUUUUUUUUGCCGUUUUCUUUUUGGGUUUAGUUUGUCAUCCAUUUCACCAGGAGAGAGCAACGUGGCCUUGUAGCAUACUUGUCCUUUCUCAAGAAUACUUUUGGUUCUGUAGCUGUAAAUUGAUUUGAUUGAGUAUUGGUUUUCUUGUACUAUGUAGUUUAGAACA